AUGUCUGGCACAAACCCGGAGAAGCCUCCCAUCCAACCGGAGCAGCAGCUCUACCCUCCCCCUCCUACCGGCGAUAACAGCCAACAGCAGCCUCCUCAGUACUCUUACGGCCACGACCAAUACAACCCAGACCAGAAGAGUGCCGGUGGUCCCGGUCAGGACCAGCAGCAUUUCCCCCCUCCGCCCCCCGGCCCCCCUCCCACGAACCAGCCGCAGUUCACACACGCUCCCCAGCAGCAGCAGCAGCAGCAAUACGCCGGCGGCACCGCCGUCCCCCAACAGCAAUACGCACAGACGCCCGGCCAGCAAACUCCUUACAACCCCGCCGACCACGGCGCUGGCCACCACUACUCGCAACAACAAUUCGAGGGUCCUCCGGGCACGGGGGCAUCGGGCCACGCACAAAGCGGCCCGUACACCGACCCGGCGGCCGCCCACGCCGCGUACAUCACACCCGCAACCGACCCCAACCACAAGGAGAAGCGCGGAUGGGGCGAGCGUCUCUCCCAGAUGGGCAUGAAGGCCGCCGUGCCCAUCAACGCCUUGGCAAACAAGAUGGGCUCCCAGAGUUUCCUGCCCACCACCAUGGACAGAGAGUGCGACAAGGCUGCCAAGAUCCUCAAGAGCUUCUGCAAGGAGGGAAUCACAUCCGACGUGCCCCCGCAGACCCAGACGGGCGAGCACCUCGAGCCCGGCAAGCACGCCGAAGGUGGCCACGGCGGCUCGCGCCCCACGACGCCCAACAAGGAAAAGGUCCGCAAGGAGCAUAAGGCCAUUGUCAAGAUCCCCUCCAAAGUAAUCAACAAGGCCGUCGGCCUCGCCAUCUUCACCACCGCCCGCGUAGGCUUCCAAUUUUCCGGCGCCACCGGCUCCGGCAUCCUCAUCGCCCGCCUCCCCGACGGCUCCUGGAGCCCGCCCUCGGGCAUCCAAGUCCACGCUCUGGGCGCUGGCUUCAUGAUCGGCGUCGACAUUUAUGACUGCGUCUGCGUCAUCAACAGCCGCGAUGCUCUAGCCGCCUUCAUGAGCACGCGCGUCAGUCUCGGUCCGGACGUCGCCGUCGUCGCGGGACCCUACGGCGCCGGAGGUGUCAUGGACGUAGGCGCCUCCUUUGGCGGCAAGAACCCCGAGGCCAAGAGCGACGACCACGUCACCGACGCCAAGCCCGUCGAUGGCGGUAAGCUCAAGCCCGACGAGAAGGACAAGAAGCGCAGGAGCAGCAGCACGUCGCUGAAGCCUGUCUUCUCCUACGUGAAAUCCCGCGGCUUCUACGCCGGCGUCCAGGUCGACGGCACCGUCGUCACAGAGCGCAAGGACGCCAACGCCGCCUUUUACGGACAAAAGGUCACCGUCGACCAGAUUGUAAAGGGCCAGGUGCCGCCCCAAGGGCCACACGGCAUGUGGCCCGCCGGCGCGCACCCUCUCUACGAGGCCCUCCGCAUCGCCGAGCAACAGCAGGCUCUCCCCGAGGUCCACCUCCCCCAGGCGACCCCAGGUCAAGUCCCCGGUCAGGCCCCUCAGCAGCCUCAAUAUGCCGCCGGUGGCAGACCCGAAGGAACCGGUAUCCCGGCCUACGGCCAACAACAACAGUACGUCCACACAGAAGCCGGCGACCCGCUGGGCUCGCACCCGCCCGGCCAGGGCGGCUCCGUCGCCUCGGGUAGUCUGAGCCGCGAGGAGCAGCUUCCGGGGUACGUGGAUGACGGCGUGGCGCGGCCGGGCGUCGGUGACUACAAGGGUCACUACCAGUAA